AUGCUUGUGCCACGUAUCGUUGACACAGAAACCCAUCAACAGGUUGCCGGGCAUAUAGCAGGGACACUGUCAUCGUUGGGCUUCAGCAUUGAAUGGGAUCGAUUUACGGAUCAGACACCGCACGGGCCAAAACUUUUCGAGACGAUUGUAGCAACGCAGGUUUUCAUUGGUGCCACUGAUUCUGCAGUGCCGUGCGCGAUAUUAAUUGAUAUUGCAUCUUCACUGGCACCUUUUUUGUCGAGGCGUAAACGGAAGGAUGUUGGUCUUCAGCUGAUAUUUUUUGAUGGUGAAGAAGCACUGGAAGAUUGGACAGCAACAGAUUCAAUCUACGGUUCACGGCAUCUGGCCGCCAAAUGGAAACAGCAAUACUUCGCUAACACAUACCAGUCCUCAUUUGAAAUAAAAAAUGAAAUUGACCGAAUUGUAGGGGACCUAUUGAUGCUGCUGGAUCUUCUCGGUGCACCAAAUCCACUUCUGUUUAAUUUCGAGAAUUAUUCGUCGACAAGUGCUUUCGUCAAAUUGUACAAAAUUGAGAAAACACUUCGAGAGAUUGGCUGUUUGCACCAGAUACCACAAAUAUUCCAGCCACGCACAGCUUUCAGCAAAGUGGAAGAUGAUCACGUUCCAUUCCUGAAGCAUGGCGUACCGGUGCUACAUCUCAUCCCCCUGCCAUUCCCGGCAGUUUGGCACAAACCGUCAGAUGAUGCCAGUGCCAUAGAUUACAACACCAUUGACAAUCUGAAUUCCAUUUUUCGAGUGUUCGUUGCUGCAUACUUAGGAUUGGUUCCAUAG